UGAUAAGAUAUCGCAAAAAUUUCUUUCACGGAUUUAAAUGUUCCUUAAAAUGUGAAAAUGAUCAUUGUUUUUUUAAAGUAACGAAAUACAGAGAAUAACAUAUUCAACGUGUACAAUGAAACAAUGAAAUGACCGGUACAGAAUGCUUAUGAUUGUAAAACUUGUGAUUUAAAUGGAAUAUAUGAGUACUGAUAGUUACAUUUAUUAUAUUAUAGCAAACACUUUGGAGCUUUUUUUUUAAUCUUCGGAGAUUUGGAAAUAGCAAACGUUAUCAUAACAACAAGUAUGUGACAUUUUGUUUAGGAUACUGGCAUUGAAAAUUAUGAAAAGGGGAUUAAGUAAAAUGUUGUUAAUGACUGCAAUGUUCGAAACAAUUUUAUCAGUUCAUGCAUUAAAGUGCUGGAAGUGUAUUGCGCACGACUGUAACGCUGACCUUGAAGACAACUACAAAGCAGCAAAGGUCAAAUGUCAGGAAGGUCAAAUGUGUAUGAAAGUACGGUACAGAAUGUUUGACAAUGUUACACACUAUGAUUCUGUUAUACGGACUUGUACAGACACUAAUUGUGACACAUCCUCCAUAGAUGAUUUCUUCUCGUGUAUAGCCAACCCUGCAAAAUACAUGAUCGGAGGUUGCACGUUGCGUUCGUGUUGUGAUGACAAGGAUCUUUGUAAUAUAAGUGCUAAAAUGUUGACACCACCAGUGUUAUUUAUUACGCUUUUUACAAUUAGUAUAGCACAUCUAUUAGCAUAAUAGGGCGAUUAUAUAUAUUAUAUCUAGUGAUUUAGGAUAUUCCUAAUGUUUUAACAAAUUGUAUUUCUACGCAUAAAGGUCACUGAUACAAUGAAUGUAGAAUAAGGAAAAACAUAUUAUUAAACGACGCCUUUUUUCUGUCAGAAACAAUUCAUAAAAAAUAACUUAACUUGUACGUUUGAA